UUAGGUCGUGCGUACUCUGGGUUUGUUGAGAGGUGCAGUGUGUAAAAAUGGUUAGAUUAUCACUAAAUUGUACCAAAAAUAUUAUGGAUCGACGAUAUUUCGAAGAUGGCAUACGAACAGUUGAUUUUGUACUCGCAUUUAACAGCGAUGAUUAUAAGGUGGAAAAUUUGAAGAAGAGGAAAAUAUUCGAAAGCAAUCUUGAGAACGAAGGUCUUCAUUUAGAGCAUGAUAGAAGCCAGCACAUAUAUUUUGUUAAAAUUCAUGCCCCCAGGGAAGUUCUGUACCGUUAUGCGGAAAUACUAAAAAUUAAAUUGCCAAUGAAACCGGUUCCUGGAGAGCAGAAAAUAUUUGAAGAGGAAUGUAAAUUAAACAACGACACAUUUUUAGAAAAAAUAUUUACUUUCGUGAGAAUUCCAAGUGAUAAAUUUGAAGCUAAGACUAAAUGUAUUCAUGCAGAAUUUCAAAGGAAAUACAUCACUUUAUUUGAUUGUGAGCGUCCAAACUUUUUCGAUUCUGGCACACGCAUUUAUAUAAUUAAUUUUAUGUUAGAACGACAACAUUUUGUUGGGGGUAAAGAAACUCCUAAUAAUUUAGGAAUAGAAAAACUUUUAGCCGAUGGAGUCUAUGGUUGGGCAUACACUCUACAUGAUGAAGACGAACGAAAAUUAUUACUGAGCCAAUGGGCUACAUUAAGGAAAUGGAUAUAUUUACAGCCCUUGGAUGCUAUAAAGGAUUAUUUUGGUGCAAAAGUGGCCAUUUACUUUGCAUGGCUUGGUUUUUAUGCUCACAUGUUGAUACCACUCAGUAUUUUGGGCAUUCUAUUCUUUGCAUAUGGAUUUAUGACAUGGAACUCAGAUCCGAUAAGCAAACAAAUUUGUGACAUGAAUGAAACAACGUUAAUGUGCCCCCAAUGUGAUAGUAAAUGCGAUUAUUGGGAUCUUAGAAAGGCCUGCCAUGCUUCGCAGUUCAAUUAUUUAAUCGAUAACAAUAUGACGGUUGUAUUCGCCUUUAUGAUGUCCAUGUGGGCUGUUACAUACUUGGAACUGUGGAAACGUUACUCUGCCAUACUAGUACAUCGCUGGGGCUUAACCGGUUACUCUUUGGAAGUGGAACAUCCUCGCCCUCAGUAUUUGAAAAAACUGAAAAAAGAUCGUAAAAUAGCCAAAAAACUCGAAAUGAUGGAUGAGGAAAGUUUGUCUAAUUUCGAAAUGCCUUUUUGGAGAACUCAAUUCAUUCCGAGCCUCACCAGCUACAGUCUCAUGCUUCUUUCAGUUAGCAUCUCCUUGAUAGCCAUAUUUUCCAUGGUUGUAUAUCGUAUGGCCCAAAUGGCCUCCCACACAAUUUUUGGUGAUGCAAAUUCAAUGGCUGCUAAAAUUAUGGCUAUGCCUGCAACAGCGGGUAUGAUUGACUUAACCAUCAUCACUCUGCUCCACUAUGCCUACACCUAUUUGGCCCGGAUACUAACAAAUUGGGAGUAUUGCCGAACCCAGACGGAAUAUGAUGACAGUUUGACUACAAAAAUCUAUAUUUUCCAAUUCGUGAAUUACUAUUCUUCGCUCUUCUAUAUAGCAUUUCUUAAAGGCAAAUAUGUUGGUUAUCCCAAGGAAUAUAAUCGAAUAUUUAAUCUUCGCCAACAAGAAUGUAAUCCUGGUGGUUGUUUGAUGGAAUUGUGCUUGCAAUUGGCCAUCAUAAUGGUUGGUAAACAGGUCCUAAAUGCCAUAAUUGAAAAUCUAUUUCCAUAUAUAAUGAAGAGUAUUAAGAAAUGCUAUGGGAAAAAAAUGCAAACGAAAUUGGAAAAGCGGAAUCAGUGGAGUGAGGAUUAUCAUUUGCAACCUUGGAGUUCCUCUCUAAUGUUUGGCGAGUAUUUAGAAAUGGUUAUCCAAUAUGGUUUUGUUACCCUGUUUGGACUUGCAUUUCCUCUGGCUCCACUUUUUGCUUUGAUUAACAAUAUCGUAGAAGUAAGAACAGAUGCAUUUAAGAUGUUGAAACAUAUUAGAAGACCUAUUGCCCAGCGAGCCCAUGACAUUGGCGUAUGGUACAACAUAAUGGCUAUUGUCACUAGAAUUGCUGUUACCUCUUGUGCCAUUAUCAUAGCCUUCUCUACAAAUCUUAUACCAAAAUUGGUUUAUUUAAUUCACACGGGCGAUACCGAUCUGACAGAGUAUCUCAAUUUCACCUUGGCUUAUUUUGAUACAAAAGAUUUCGAAAUACAACCAACAUUAGGAGACAGAUCUAAAUAUAUCAAUGUGACCUUCUGCCGCUACGCAGACUUCAGAAAUCCACCUGGCCAUUCUGAACCGUACGAGAGACCCUCGGUAUACUGGAAAAUAUUACUGGCUCGUGUAGUGUUCAUUGUAUUAUUUCAGAAUAUCACCGGCGCUAUUCAGACAGUGAUUGCCUGGGCAAUACCCGAUGUUCCCAAGAAAUUAGUUAAACGUAUUGCCAGUGAAAACUUUUUGUUACGUGAAUACAUUAUAGAAUAUGAGAAGAAGCAAGCACAGGAGGAAGCCGUUGAUGCAACCACUAAUGAUAUAGCCACUUGGAUAAAUGAAGUUGAUGGAGAUGAUGAGAGUCUUUCCCUUAGAUCUAGCAAAGACGAAGGAAGCGAAGAAUUGUGUGACACAACUUCAUUAUAACAAUGUCCUAAUAUAUAUUUACAUAUGAUUAUAAGUUUAUAUAGACUAAAUAAUUUUGAGUUUUUUCCUAUCUAUUAUAUAAUAUCUAGUGUUCCUUCUUAAUUGUGUUUUAAUGGCAAAUCAAAUGUGCAAUAUCCUUGUGGUCAGGAAUCAA